CCCAUUCUGCCUGCUUCUGCUUUAUGAUUAUCAAUUAUGGCGGGAAUACAAAAAUUACGAUUAAAUAAUUUAAAUGUUAAUGUAAGAAACGCCUUAAUUAUUGGCAUCAUUGUUGCCAAAAAUAACCCACGAAUUAUAGGUUCAAAAAAGAAAAAUGGAGAAUCUAGGGGCAUUACAAGUUUUACAUUGAGGGAUUCAAAUGUCGACACGAUUAACAUCGAUGUGUGGGGUUCUGAAUAUUUUGUUAUUACUAUUUAUGAAAGGUUUCUUGUUGGUGAUGUUGUCGAGAUAUCUUCGCCCAAAAUAUGCGUCAAAGGUGGAGAUCAUGAAAUGUACAGGCCGCAGGUCUCCUCGCCAUUCUAUUUGUCUCUUAGUGAAGGCAUGUCGGAAGUCUCCCUUUACAGUGGAGAUACGUACAACUCUUUUUUACCUCUCCUCCAUGUUCCCACUAAACCUGCAGCUGGGUACUGCGGGGUCGCCGAAGUCUUGAAACUACAAGAGCAGAGUAGUAACGUCUACGUCGAUUUACUGGUAGUAGUCAAGUCUGUAAGUCCAGUUAAAACUAUAAGGACUAAAACUGGAAUAGACAUGACAGUGCGCAGCUUGGAAAUUGUAGAUAACACAACACCAGCGUCGCUUUCUUUGGAUACGUUUGAUAUUGAUACUAUUCAAAGAGCAGAGGAGUGGCGGUGCCUAGAAAGUGUAUUGUUCAUAGCAGACGCCCGAGUUUCAUGGCGCAAUCGCGGGGUAAAAGUGCAAGUGUGCUCAAAAACCGUCAUCACACAUCAGCCAUACACGGCUGACGCCGAAUCCUUACGGCUCUAUAUACGUAACCAGGGAAAUACCCGUGGCGGUGAGUUAGCAGCUUGGGCGGCAUGGAGCGGCGAGCGCGUGAGCAGCGCUUCCGUGGCGCAGAUCCGCGACAGGCUCGACACUGCGGCGCCGUUCUGUGCCUCGCUGCAUGCCUUGUUGAUACACUUAGAUUUAGAAGAGCUGCUUAAUUCAAGUGGCGACGAAGAACUCAAAGUGCGUUUUGCCGACCAUACUGGGGAACUGUCUGCUCGACUCCAAGUAACUGUAUUAGAAGACGCCUUAGGUUAUUCCGAUGAGCAACUAAAAGCAAUGACGGAAGAGGAGAGAUCUGCGAUCCGUUGGCGACUACUUUUGGAGCAGUGCUUCGCCAAGCUGGCUGCUUCACCACCUCGCCUCAUGAUACUAAGUCUCCGUAGAGCUUCGCCAGCUGAUCCUAUACCUUUAUACUAAUGUAGUUUUUCCAUUUAAGUUAUUGGCUGUUAUAAUAAGUUAUUAGU